CUGGAGGACCAAUCCUGUAGGAGUGGUAGGGGCUGAGAAUGGCAGUGUGCGUGUGGAGGUCGGUUUGGUGACUGGAAUGGGUGUGACAGAAGCCGUGCAAUGGCACAAGUAGAAAAAAAGGGAGGCCUUCUCCGCAAAGCAUCGUCCACCAAGAAACCCUUGAAAGAGAAAGUGGUUUUGAUGUACGAUGAAAUUUUCAAGAAUGAAGACCCAGUCAAGAACUGCCCUCGAUUCUGGGAGGAACUUUUCCUGAUGAAGGUGAACCUGGAGUACCUGGAGGCAAAGCUGGAAUCUGUGGAUGGGGAUGAACUAAUGAAGUUAAAGGAUAACAUUAACAGUCUGUUCCAGCACUGUAUAGUGUCAUUAAAUGAGGAGCAUCAGAUUAAAGUGGUGAAUGCAUUACAGACAUUAUGUGCCCUGAUUCGAGGUGUUCAUCAGAAAAACAAACCGACCUCUGGCUUUGACAUUAUCAACAUAUUGAUGGGGUUUGAUAAAGCUGAACUCCGGAUGAAGAACCUGAUGGAGAGUUUGGACACUUUGUUGUGUGGUGAUGGUUCAGAGAGUUUGAAGAGUCUUUGCCUGAAGCUGUUGCUCUGUUUGGUCACAGUUACAGAUAAUAUCAGCCAGAACACUAUCCUGGAAUAUGUGAUGAUAAACAGUAUUUUUGAAGCUAUUCUUCAGAUUCUGUCUGUGGCAUCCAGCAGGGGGCAGCACGGCUAUGAUACUGUGGUUCUCUUGGCAUUGUUGGUAAAUUACAGAAAGUACGAGUCUGUGAACCCAUAUAUUGUGAAAUUGUCCAUUGUGGAUGAUGAGACUACGCUAAAUGGUAUGGGUCUGGUCAUUUCACAAGCUCUGUCUGAAUAUAACAGACAAUACAAAGACAAAGAAGAAGAAAACCAGGGAGGAUUCUUAUCUGCUAUAACCAACAUGGUAGGCAACAUGUUCAUAGCAGAUGCUGAUGAGAAGAUUUCAGUCCAGACCAAUGAAGCUAUCCUGCUGGCACUGUACGAAGCUGUUCAUUUAAACAGAAACUUCAUUACAGUAUUAGCGCAGAGCCACCCAGAGAUGGGAUUGGUUAGUAUUCCAACAACACCAACACUGCCUACAACUCCAACCACGCCUUUGGGAAACAUAUCUCCUACAUCAGAUGUAAUGAAUUCUUCAGAACUGUCACUGGAUCCAAACCUGCAAACCAGUAACCUCCUCAUCACUUUCCUCAAGUAUUGUUCCAUUGUCAUGCAGGAUACAAAAGAUGAGCAUCGGUUGAAUAGUGCCAAACUCUGUCUGAUCAUCCUUACCUGCAUUGCGGAGGACCAGUACGCUAAUGCCUUCCUGCAUGACGACAACAUGAACUUCAGGGUUAAUUUGCACAGAAUGCCCAUGCGACAUCGGAAGAAAGCUGCUGAGAAGAACAUCCCCUCUCGCCCUCUUGUCUGUGCUGUUUUAGAUCUAAUGGUGGAGUUUAUGGUCACUCACAUGAUGAAGGAGUUCCCCAUGGACCUUUACAUGCGAUGUGUUCAGAUAGUUCACAAACUCAUCUGUUAUCAGAAGAAGUGUAGAGUACGGUUACAUUACACCUGGCGUGAACUCUGGUCAGCUCUGAUCAAUCUGUUGAAAUUCCUGAUGUCGAAUGAGACUGUGCUCUUGGGGAAAUACAACAUCUUUGCUUUGGCCUUAAUGGUUGUGAAUUUAUUCAACGUGUUUAUCACAUAUGGUGACACUUUCCUCCCCACACCAAGUAGUUAUGAUGAACUUUACUACGAGAUCAUUCGAAUGCACCAAGUCUUUGAUAACUUGUAUUCAAUGGUUUUGCGGCUUUCGACAAACAGUGGUCAGUGGAAGGAGCCAGCGAGCAAAGUGACCCAUGCACUGAUCAACGUCAGAGCGAUUAUCAACCAUUUUAAUCCUAAAAUAGAAUCAUAUGCAGCAGUUAAUCAUAUCUCUCAACUCUCAGAAGAUCAGCUACUGACUGUGCAAAGGUUAAAUCAGGGCAAGUGGUUUGCUCUUGCUUGGAUUGGCAGUGUUGAUCGCCCCUGGGACAUUUCAAGUCCAGCAGCAAAUUGCACUGGGUUCAUGAAGAAAUUUGUGGGAAGUCGCACGUCGUCAUAAAAUGUGUCCAGUUUUUAGUUUUUGAGAUUCUUUUGUGGUCUUUGUUGAAUAUUCUGUAUUUCUAAUUUCUUAGCACUUUUAUUUUUAAUGAAAUAUUUCCCAAAUAUUCUGUCUCCUGCUCUGCUGACCGUGAUUUUUCCUGUGGUAUGUUACCACAGUGUAUAGCCUCCCUUCAAACCGACAGCCAACUGGCCAUGUUCAAAUGUUUAACCCUUCUUUGGAUGUGAACAUUGUCAUUGCUCAUCCCAAAUGGCCCUUGAGAACUAGGUCUAACCCGGUCACACUGAAGGAACAAUGAUAGAUUUCCAAGGCAGAAUGUUGUCUGGUUUAGAGGAGAACUUACAAGUGGUGGUAUCCCUGUGCACCUGUUGCCUUUGUCCUUCUAAGCUAUAGAUGUUGUGGCUUUAGAAAGAGCCUUAGUGAAUUCUGUAGUGUUGGAAAAUUUAAUGAACCCUAGUGGGAGUGGAGUCACAGCUGAACUUGAUCUUGUAUAAAGCAAGGACUUUACAACAAAAUACUUCCUCAAAUGUCACUGCUGUGAUAAAAGAAAUGCCAAGUUAGCUUGAGCACACCAAGCUCCUACAACAGUAGUGACGAGGCAGUCAGUUUUAGAAAUAAUCGUUAAGAGAGGAAUAUUGACUAUUUGUUGGUUGCAGGCUGUCUUAUUCUCCACCUGAAUGGACCGGUUCAAAGUUUCACCUGGACAACGACACCUAGGACACUGUAUCAUCGAUCAGCACUAUGUGGAGGUGUCAGCCUUAGAAGCCUAAUAGUGUGGAAACAGCCCAUUUGGCCUAACAAGUCCAGACCGACCCUCCAAAGAGUAAUCCACCCUUACCUUACUAUUCUACAUUUAGCCCUAACCUACAAAUCCCUGAACACUUGGCAAUUUAGCAUGGCCAAUUCACCUAAUCUGCACAUCUUUGGAUUGUGGGAGGAAACCAUGACUUGAAUCCAUAACCUUCUGGCAUGGAGGCAAUAUGUACGUUGCACUGAUUCUUGGCUGAUAUCAUGGUGUGAAUUAUUUCAUUGGAGACAUGAAUCAGGAAGUGGAUUUGAUUCUGGAACAUGAAUCUCCCCCAGUGGCAGCACGCCACUAAGCACAGGUUUUACUUAAUAAUCCUGAGACGGGUCAUUAAUUCAAGCUACCCAAACCUUCAAGCCUCAAACAUAUGAUAAUUUGUAUUCAUUCACUGGCUGAGCUAGCACAUAAUGCCCAUCCCCAGUUGUCCUUGAGAAGCUGCUUUCUUGAACUGCUGCAGUCCGUUUUGCUUCAAGUGAACACACCAUGCUGUUGUGGAAAGCGUUCCAGGAUCUUGACCCAGCAACAUUGAAGGGACAGCGAUAUACUUCCAGGUCAGGAUGCUGAGUGGCUCGGAGAGGGACUUACAGGUGGCAUGUUGUCAUGUAUCUGCUAUCCUUGUCCUUAAUAGUAAUUGUUGAGUUUGGGAGGUGCUGUCUAAGAAGCCUUGGAGGAUUUUUGCAAUGUAUGAUGAUAUAAAGUGCAGGAAUGAGUGAAUGUUAUUGGAUGAGGUGCCAAUCAAGUAGGCUGUUUUAUUCUGGAUGGUGUCAAGCUUCUUUAAUGUUGUUAGAGCUGCAUUCAUCAAGAAAAUGGGGAGUAUUCCAUCACAGUCCUGGCUUGUGUCUCAACAUGCUUUGAGGGUCAGGAGGUGAGUUUUUUUGCUGCAGGAUUCCUCUGAUCUGCUGUUGAAGACAACGUAUUUCCCCAUUUGUGUACAUUUAUACCACCUAUCGCCCUAAACAUGCAUUUAGCAUUGGAAGAAUGAGGAGUUGACGUGGAUGCUGAGUAUAAGCUUAAGGUGCACUUUGGCAUCCAAAGACUCUGGUCAACUUAUUCAUCAGUUGGAAUUGUAUGUUGGAAUGUCUAGUAAAUAAAAGAAAGCUGCCUCGA